AAAAAAAAAAUGGGAAGUUAUUUAGAAGAGGGAUUGUUAGUAAAAGAGAAAUUAUUAGAGGAAAAUAAUAUUGAAGUUGUGUUGACAGAUCAAGAAGUGAAAUGGGAUGUUAUAUGGAUGGAAAUAAAGAAGAUUGGUUAUUUGGCUGGGCCAAUGGCAUCAGUAACACUAUCACAAUAUUUGUUACAAGUUAUAUCUAUGAUGAUGGUUGGUCAUUUAGGUCAACUUUACCUAUCUAGCACUGCUAUUGCUGUCUCUCUUGCUACUGUCACUGGCUUAACUCUUCUUCUAGGAAUGGCAAGUGCACUAGAAACACUAUGUGGACAAGCAUAUGGAGCUAAACAAUACAAGAAAAUUGGAACACAAACAUACACAGCUAUCUUCUGUCUAUUUAUUGUUUGCAUUCCCCUGUCCAUGUUAUGGAUAUACAUAGGACGAUUACUCGUAUUCAUCGGACAAGAUCCUCAGAUUUCACAUGAAGCUGGAAGAUUCAUAAUGUGUUUAAUCCCAACUCUCUUUGGUAGUGCAGCUCUUCAGCCCCUCAUUCGAUAUUAUCUAAUGCAAAGUAUGAUCUUUCCUUUAAUCAUAAGUUCAUGUGUAACAAUAGCUAUUCAUGUACCACUAUGUUGGUUACUAGUUUUUCACACUGGCUUCAAGAAUAUUGGGGCUGCAUUCGCAAUGGACAUAUCCAUUUGGUUAAAUGUCACAAUUCUCGCGUCAUACAUGAGGUUUUCCCCUGCUUGUGAGAAAACUCGUGUGCCAAUUUCAUCAGAGAUUUUCUAUGGAACGAAAGAGUUCUUUCGUUUUGCUAUCCCUUCAGCUGUCAUGAUAUGUCUUGAAGGAUGGUCAUUCGAGUUCAUUGUGUUGUUAUCCGGGCUAUUGCCAAAUCCUGAGCUUGAAACUUCAGUGCUAUCUGUAUGCCUCAACACUAUUGCUACACUUUAUUCAAUUCCAUAUGGUCUUUCUAGUGCUGUAAGCACGAGAGUUUCCAACGAGUUAGGAGCUGGAAAUUCACAAAGAGCGCGUAUUUCUGUUUUCACAGUGAUGCUCCUUACAGUAAUGGAGGCUAUACUAAUAAGCGCGACUCUAUUUGGUUGUCGAAACAUUUUUGGUUUCAUUUACAGUAGUGAGAUGGAAGUUGUGAACUAUGUAGCAAAGAUUGCUCCACUUCUUUCAUUAUCUGUCAUAAUGGAUGCCUUACAAGCUUCUCUUUCAGGUGUUGCUAGGGGGUGUGGUUGGCAACAUAUUGGAGCCUAUGUCAAUCUUGCUUCAUUUUACCUAUUUGGAAUUCCUAUAGCUCUUUUAUUGGGUUUUUGGUUAGAACUUAGGGGAAAAGGUCUAUGGAUUGGCAUAUUAUGUGGUGCAACACUUCAAACUAUUCUCCUUUCUAUCAUUACAAGCUUCACUAAUUGGAAAAAACAGGCAGAAAUGGCAAAGGAGAGGCUUCUUGAGCUAAAAUGAGUUUACAACAACAUGAUGGGGUAAAAAAGAUUAGAAAAAAGAGAGCUCAAUUUUGACAAUUUAU